UUUGGCUAUUUUCCUAGGGCACGCUUUGAUCCUCCAGGGUUUCUAUCGGAGACGGGCGGGAGGAUGUGGAUUAGUCUGUUGGCGAGGAGAACGGCAUAUGCCUCUCCACUAAGGUGGAUGCUUCUUGGAAGGGAGUUCAGCUCCGAGAUUUUCGUCAGCAGAUUGUCAUAUUACACAACCGAUGAAGAAUUUCGAGAAGCCUUUUUGCCAUUUGGCAGUGUCAAGGAAGCCAGGCUUAUUAGAGAUGCAAGGACCAAAAGGACGAAAGGGUAUGGCUUUGUGACUUAUGAAUCUGAAGCUGAAGCACAAAAGGCGAUAAAGGCUAUGGAUGGCAGGAUAUUUGGCGGAAGAUUGAUUUUUGUGGAGACUGCAAAAUCCAGAUCGAAGGAGGAUGUGCCGUAGGCUACUUAAUUUUUGAAUUUCAUAUUAUGUGCUUGACCGCUCCUCAUUUCAUGCGGGGGCUCCUCGGAUACAGAGUUUUGAAAGAAACAUUCUGUCUUCUAUUUUACGUGAUCUGAAUGGCCUCCUUGCUUCGUUAUACAUGACAUUUUAGUUGCACAGGAAAUUUCAGAGGCGAGUGGUAUGAAUUGUUGGA